GGGUCCUGUCACUUGUCAGUGCUGUCACAGCAAAUAUAUAUCAAAAGAUAUCAAAAAUAUACUUUUAUUGUUUUUCGUACCGAAAAUAAAGAGGCAUUUCAUAUGAAGUAGGUUUUUUUCAUAUAUUAUUGGGUGUCAAAUUUUUACAUUUACUAUUUAACCACGAAUUUAAGACAUUCCAAUUACAAGCCGAAACAAUUGGAAAAAUAGUUUUUUGUGUAAAUAAACAAAUAAAUUAUGUGGCCUCUAGACAACAUAUAUUGUCUUUAAUACUGUUUAAACGUACUUUAUUAAAUACUAUCUUUAUAUAACCAUACUGUGUGUUUAUCAGCUUUUUCUGUAAUAAAAUAAGUUAGGUUAGGUGCACUAAAUCUAUAUAAAACAUUAAUUAAUCAAAAAUUAAAAACCAUGUAUAAAGGAGAAAUGGACUCUUCAACUGAACUAGAAUCACAGUUUAUUCUACGUUUACCAGUGGAACCUGCAAAAGUUUUACGUGAGGCAAUACGAAAUAAUAGUACAUUGAAAGACCGGAUGUCUAUUAAAAUUGAAAAUGAUUUACGUCAUGGAGAAGUUCGAGUUGACCAUUGGCUUAUGACUGCAAAGGUUGUAGAUUUACCAACAAUUGUGGAAUCCCUCAAAACGAUUGAUGGUAAAGGUUUCUAUAAAACUGCCGAUAUUUGUCAAAUGUUAAUAUGUAUGGAAGAUGACGACCAAACAACUACAGAUGAAGAUUCACCACAGAAGAAAAAGAAAGAUCCAAACAAAGUAGAAAAGAAAUAUUUAUGGCCUCAUGGCAUUACUCCACCAGCAAAGAAUGUACGAAAGAGACGUUUUAGGAAGACAUUACGAAAAAAGUAUGUUGAGGCACCAGAAAUUGAAAAAGAAGUAAAGAGGCUUCUCAGAAUUGAUAAUGAUGCUGUCAGUGUGAAGUGGGAGGUCAUAAACGAAGACGAGAAUAAAGUCAAUAAAGGAACUGUUGUUAAGAAAGAAACAAAUGAACCGCCCAAAAGUGUGGCUGAACACGAUAUAUUUGGAGGAGCUGUUAGUGACUCUGAAGAAGAAGAUGCUCAUCUUAAUGUUUUGGAUGUACUAGAUGAAAAUAGUCAGAAUUCAGCAGAAGAUAGCCAUCUUACAGAUUCCAAUUCGGUUCUAAAUACAUCUGCAGAACCUAAAUUAUUAACAGAAUUUACAAGUGAUAUGUUUAGAGAUAUUCAAGAACAUGUUGAUAUCAGUCGAAACUUAAUGCAACAAAUAGACUACUACACACCAUCUAAUUCUAGUAUUUCUUAUUCGGAAUCAAAUUUAAGCAAAGCUAACGUUCAUGCAAGGAUAGAUGAAAUUGAUGUAGAGCUAGCCGAUUUAAAAGCAAGGCGCCAACAACAAGAAAUAAAAAUAGAGAAUAUUGAAAACUUGGCUUUACGACAGAGAUUCCAAGAAAACUUAGAAAGACUGUUGCAAGAGCAAAUAGAAAAGGAACAAGAGAAAUAUGAUUUAAUUGAACUGAUAAAGCAAAUAGAUUGACAGGAUGAGAUUUUAGUUUUACAGUCGGAUCUUUAUAAUACUGAGUGAUAGUCCUUUUUUUUACCUUAUAUCCACAGCUUUCUUUAUAUCGUCUUAGUUUUAUAAAUUUUUGAUAACUUUGUUUUUUAAUAUACAAGGGCGUACCUAGGGUGGGGCAAGAGGGGUAUGUGGCCUGGGUGUUACUCAACGGGAGGCACAAAAUUUGUAAAUUAUUAAACUUAAAAAUAAAAGUAAACCAACGAUAUAAUUCAUAUUCCCGUGAUUCCUGUGCGUGAUAGGCUUUCCUGAACGAGCGAAAGGCAAGGAAGGUACAAUUUUAAGUGCAUUUUUACAGACUAAUUUUCAUUCUAAAACAGAAAAUAAAAAUAUUAUGUAAGAUUUGUGACUGUUUCAUUUAAUUGUAUCUGUUUAGUUUAUAUUUAGAUAAUUUAUGAAUGGGCGCAACUUCGAUUUUUGCCCUAGGCGCCAUUUCCGAUUGGUACGUCUCUGUUAAUAUGCUAAUAAAAUAUGCUGUAAUUGUAAGAUACUUAGAUAGAAAAGUGAUAUAAGAAUUAUUUUUUUAAUUACCGUUAUGAAAUGAAACAAUAUUACGAAUUAAAACUUACAAUUAGUAGUUUUUGGAAAGAAGUUACUAACAAAUAAUUAAUUUUUAAAAUUGUAGUUUUUAUUAAUUUACAUUGUAUUUUAUCCAAUUUUGUUGCAUUGAUAUAAAUUGAAUAGAAUUUAUAUAUACCUGAUAUAUUAUUAAUUAGAAAGUGUAAUAAAUUAUACAU